GUAUUAUUUUUUUGCAAAAAAAACAGAUCAAAAACGGGGGUUCUUUUUUGCAGAAUUUGAUUCAUUAAGGCCAUUCAGUUAUCCAGAAACAGAUGUUUUUCUGUUAUGUUUCAAUGUGAUGUUACCGAGUACCCUACGAUCAAUUACCAGUCAUUGGUUACCAGAAAUUUCCAAAUCUGCCCCACAUACACCAAUAAUUUUGGUCGGUACACAGUGUGAUUUACGUUCCAAUGUCAGUUUGGCUCGAAUGUUUGCCGAUGAAUUACGUACGGAAUAUGUGGAAUGUUCAGCGUUAACACAGUAUAACUUAAAACAGGUGUUCGAUGCAGCAAUUUUAGUUGCUUUAAAAGGCAAAUUUUUAUCUAGUAAUCCAGAGGCUACACAUAAGGAAAGGAAGAAAUCAAAAUUUCGAGACGGUUUACGUCGUUUUGUAUCCUUCACAAAACGACUCGUCUGA